AUGCAAGCAACCACCAGCCAUGAAGACAAAAGGCCAUCUCCUCCAGCAGCUGAAGCAAGAUGCUCUGAACCACCUCCAGAGCAGAUAAACACCCUGCUCAAUGACAGCAAGGCCACAGAUCCCACACUGGAGCCUCCUCUCCUUUCUGCUGCCGAAGCAGAGCCUCCUAAUCAAGCACCCAAGCCUGCUCCUACUGCAGAGUCUAUCAAGGCCCCCUUACCCAAGCCCAGCACCUCUGAUGCCCAUGUCAACAAGCCCACAACCCAUGGAAGUGACACAGAAAUAUCUGGGUCAGAGACAGCUCCUGAAUUACUCAAGGAAGAUGGCAACAUCCCAAAACCAUUGACACCCAGCACCCCCUGGAAUCAAGCACACCUAGAGAUAGCAGCUCCAGCACAAACUAGCAGUACAGGGGCCACCUCCACAGACACCAAGGUAGAACAAGUCAUUCAACCUCAGUUGACCUCCCGUUUACCAAACACCAGCCCUUCCCUCAAACCUGAACCAGCACUAUCAUCAGCAGAAGCAGCAAGACCUUCUAGAGCCAGUGCUGGUGGCUGGCAUCGCCUCAGGAAGCACUUGUUGGUGCAGCCAGAAGGACCCAGCUUCCCAGAGCCUGAGCCGGAAAAGCUGGGACAGGAGGAACAGAGCAAGGAGAAGGACAGCUCUCAAGCAAUCAUCAGUCAAGACCACAGGCCAUUUAAAUCAAGGGCCACAAGGAUGUGGGAUGCUAUUUUAUACCAGAUGACAGUCAACAAGGAGAAGCAGCAGCAAGCGGAAGAGAGGAAGUCACAGAAGGAAGGAAGCUUCUCUCUUCCCCGCCGCUUACCCAUCCUUCUACAUAAGCCACGCUUCGAUGCCCGGAAACUGAAGGAACUGGCUGCCAAACCCAUGUCAAAAAUCACCACCGUGUUCGAGGUGAGCCGAUUUAGACCCAGAGCAGCUGAAGAGCAUGCCAAGAGCUUUAACAGAACAGCAUCGGGGUGGUCAGUCAACUGA